AUGACUCCCCCGAAGAAACCGCCACGACUUCAUUUGAACCUCAAACCAAACACUCCUGCAAAGAAUGAUCCGAUAAUAUACGCCAACAUUCAACCGCAGCCACAGAAAAAUCUCCUAACAACAGACUCUUCUACGUUGGAAAAACCGGUAGAGGAAAAAACUUCGCAUGACGCUCAAGUUAAAAACGCCAUCCUGGAGGUAACCAACGCCCUGAAGAGCACCGUCCAAGGCGAUACCUUCGCCAACGAUCUCUACAGCGACUUCCGGGACGGCUUGAAGAGAAAAAGACCAUCGUCACCUCCGAUCGAUGCUAAAGACGAAAAAUUCGUUGUCAAUAUUUUUGAAAGCCGUCAGUCCCAAAGAUGGAAACGUCAGAGCGUCCGCGUGGAUCGCGUUCCCAAAAUCAAGAUUCUAGAUGACCCGCCGAAGGAGAUGAUUCACAAGCAGCCACCUGUUGACGAAAAUGAGAAGACGGUGCCUACGAACGAUGAGAUUUACUACAAAAUGAAGAAAAUGAGAGAUAUAGAAUGUGUGAAAAUGAAGGAAGCGUCCAACGCCUUAAUGGCAAUCAAAAAUAACGCCCAAAAGACCUUAAGUGAGGAGCUGCUGGCUGAAACUAUUCUGCUGGAAACCGGACUCCGUUACAAAGCUAUCGUUAACAAAAUCCGAGACUGCAUUAACGAAAACGAACCCGUCGUCAAAAAAACAUGCGUAUCCGCGGGCCUGACUCUGUCGAAUUUCCAAUUCGAAAUUGAACCCCAAGCACAGAAAAAGACGGACAGCACAUUUUUCCUGCUGGCGAUUUCCAACGACACGGAAAUAAUAGCCACGAAAGCUAUACAGCCUUCAGGAGACAACAAGCUGGCUUUCAAGGAAACGUUCGCCUUGAAAAAUUUGAGCGAGAACUUCAAGAUCAAAGGCGAGAUUUUUUCGAUAACAUUCAACACCAGGAGACCUGGAAUUGUGGAAAAAUUACUCCGAAAGAAAUCUAAAUACUACCAUUCGAUCAACAAAAUCUACUACGAGAACGUCAACACCUACGAAUUACAAGAGUCAGCGAUUAUAAAAUCAUCCUUCACAUCCCGCGGAGAAUUCACAAUGACCAAGAAAGAUAUUUACAAUUCGAUGUUUCUACUGACCAAUUACGACAGUGACAAACUGAAAAACGUGGUCUCGAUGACCGCGUCGCUCGAUUACAUGAAUUUAAACGACAAACUUUCUGGUUUCCUGACGCUGGGAAAGGUGAACGAGCAACAGUACAUUCACGAUUGGGAGAGGAAAUGGUGCUCGUUGGUAGACAAGACCUUUUCCAUCUACAACUACCCACAGGACGAGGAGCAGGAGAAGCCACCGGUGGCCGUUAUAAAUCUGGAAUACUGCUUCAACCCGAUCGCGAGGAAACCCCAGAAUUGUCCGAGGAAACGGACGUUUGUGAUAAAAACUGGCCGACCCAGCACGAUGAACGACAGCAACUGCAAGCAUUUGAAGAGGAAGAACAAUUUCAUUUUGAACAAAUAUUACCUAUCGGCUGAUAACAAUAACGAUUUUGAGCAAUGGACUUCCAAACUGGACAGCGCCCUCGACGAAUUGGACCAAUGGGGAAGGCUCAUAUUUAAGGACGAAUCAUACAUGUAAAUGAAUUGAAUUGAACAAAACAAAUAUUGGAAAUUUAUU